GUAAACAGGGAAGGCACCCAGUUUACAAACAGAAACACGAGCCCCACCCUAGUUUAUUUAGAAUUUUGACGGAGCUGAGUGUAGUUCUGGCGCUAGUAAGAAAAAAAAUUGCCAGGAAAGUCUACAAAAAUUAUGGCAACCAGCAAGCGACAAACCCUAGAAAUGACUGAUAUCCAAGUGUAUGAGCCAGGUUACGAGGUCUUUUCAAAUACGAUCACGAGGCCACAGUCUGACGCAUACGAUGAUGUACACGCUGGUGAGACUAACAACUAUGAGGCACUGCAGAAGCCAGCGAAUGAAGAGGUGUAUGCAAAGCUCGGUGAUUCGAAGAAAGCGGGAAAGAAAAUUGAUUACCGCCGGCUGGCUCUCUACGGUUUUCUGUCCCUUUCUGUUUUACUCAAUGUUGUCUUGGUUGUGGCAUUCAUUGUGGCUACUUCUGAAUACUGCGCAUGUCACUGUAGGAAUCAAGGAGAAAAUGAUACCUUCAAUGGGACCCGCAGUGAAAUGACCCAAUACAGCGGAAUUUCAACUGAAACGUCUGUUCCUACAACUAAUGUCAUGGCGAAAUCAGAAACAACUGCAUCAGAAGUGACUACAUUAAAAAUGACUACGAUAUCAGAGCUGACUACCACGCCAGAACCGAGUAGUACUAAUUCAGAAAUGACUACAGCGUCAGAAAUGACUACCACGUCAGAAGCAACUACUACGACAGAACUGACAACUUCGUCAGAAAUGACUACAUCGUCAAAACCAACCACUGCAACAGAACUGACAACUUCGUCAGAAAUGACUACAGCGUCAGAACCAACUACUACGACAGAACUGACAACUUCGUUAGAAAUGACUACAUCGUCAGAACAAACUACGUCGACAGAAUUGGCAACUUCGUCAGAAAUGACUACAGCGUCAGAACUAACUACUACGACAGAACUGACAACUUCGUUAGAAAUGACUACAUCGUCAGAACAAACUACUAUGACAGAAUUGGCAACUUCGUCAGAAAUGACUUCAUCGUCAAAACCAACCACUGCAACAGAACUGACAACUUCGUCAGAAAUGACUACAUCGUCAGAACAAACUACGUCGACAGAACUGACAACUUCGUCAGAAAUGACUACAUCGUCAGAACAAACUACUACGACAGAACUGAUAACUUCGUCAGAAAUGACUACAUCGUCAGAACAAACUACUACGACAGAAUUGAUAACUUGGUCAGAAGUGACUACCACUUCGGAACAAAUUACAUCGCCAGAAUGGGCAUCUUUCACAGAACUGACUCCCUCUUCAGAACCGACUAUGACGUCAGGAUCAACUGCUAGCCCAGGGCCGACUAGCACGUCAAUACCAACUACGACGUCAGAAUCAACUAUGACAUCAGAAGUAACUAUUACGCCAGAGUCAAGUACUUCAUUCAUGUACGAGCAGACCCCGACGUCAGUACCGACUAUGACGUCAGAACUGACUACUACAUCAGAAUCAGUGUUAACAGCAAGCAUGACGGCAACACCCGGCUCCUCUCCUUGGGGACGAAGAAAGAAAAGAAAAUGA